ACUCGUAGUUACUUGUAUCGCAGCAUCACUAGUCGUGGCUGUCGUACUCGCGUAGUCAUCGUCAUUGGUGAUUUUCGUAGAAAUGCGUUGCAAUGUUCAGAAAUUGUUUUUAAAUUAAAACUUCUGAAAUAAUUCGCUAAUUUGUUUGAGUCAAAAUUGUGUAGAAAAGUUGGCGGAUGAUCAGUAAACAAAAAAGAAUAAAAUACAAAUGUGUUGAAAAUACCUAAAUUUGGAUAAAAUGUGCGAAUAAACUAUAAGAAAACUUCAGACAGGAAAACAAGGUUAAAAAAGGUGGGGAAGAAGUUCAAGUGGAAAAUAGAAAUCAAAAGAAGAAUAAGUCUAAACAAAAGAAGGAAAUUGGUAUAUUGAAGAAACGCAGUGAUAAUUUCCAUUUCGAUUCGUAAUUUCAGCAGCCGGGGAAAGUUGUGCGUGAGCUUUAAUUAAGGUUCUACAAGUGAAAUAUACAUAUAAGAAACUUCGAAGUGUCGACUGCUUCAUGGUGGGAUUGAAACCAUUGUGAAAAAUAUGCAGAGCUGGCACAGCCCUAAAACCGCCAUAAUAAUUUAAAGGGAAGCAGAAACAAUAGAAAUAAAAAAAAAAAAUUGAUUCCGUCAGUCACUGGCCAUAAAACUAGAAAUAUAAAAACGCUUUCAUAACUAAUCCCAAAGUGUCGAUUAUUGUUUAGUAUGGAUGAAGACGACAAUGCAUCCAGUGGUGGUGACACAAACCGUGAAUCAAUUUCUAAUGCUAGAGUUGAAGCAGGUGGCUUGCGAAGCAUUGAUAUUUCUAAUGCGGAAACAACCACAACGGAAGAAGAUGAGUCCGACGAUGUGGAUAUUUCAAUGGUAAUGAACUUACCAUCUGGUGUGUCUAUUAGCACUUCAGUUAGUUGAUGGGCNGCGACUGCAUCGGCACCCGGACGGGUUUCACUCGACUUCCCUGAUUGGGAAUCUGUGGGUGCGACAGAAGCGGAUGACGACUUGCUCACCGAUGCUUCCUCAAAUGCCUCGAACUCGGCAACUACUGCAGGGAAUCCGCCUGGUAGCGCUGGAGGAGCUAAGCCUAGCUUUUUCUUUGGUACAUCAUCAUCAUUUAGUUUACGAAGUCGCAAAGAAGUUGCCGCUCUUAUUAACGCAGAGUGCUGUCGUGGUGGAAUAACACCUGAGUUGGACGCCGUUAUGGACAAACUUUUCAAUCCAGGAACGCCUAUAGACAAUGCAGAUAAUAUAGAGUGGAUUCGAUGGUUAAUUGCUGGUGGUCGCACCCCUCAAGAAUUCGUUAAAAUUGUACGCAGCUAUGAUAAUCACGCAAAAUGUGGUCUGGUAUGGGUACCACAUGUAGUGGCGUAUCGGUGUCGUACAUGCGGCAUUUCACCAUGUAUGUCCAUUUGCCGCGACUGCUUCAAGAAGGGCGAUCAUACCAAUCACGACUUCAACAUGUUCUUGUCUCAGGCUGGCGGCGCCUGUGAUUGUGGCGAUACAUCUGUGAUGAAAGCAGAGGGUUUCUGCAGUGACCACGGCAUAAACAAUAGGGCCAACAAAGAGCCCGUGCCCUCUAAUUUACUCGCCGUGGCAGAAGCUAUAAUGCCAAAAUUACUUUUUCGAUUACUGCAGCACUUCCGGGAACACAGUGAUGCCACAUCACAAACGUAUAAUUUGGCCGCUUAUUCAUGCGAAGAGUUUGCAAAUAUGUUGAUCGAUCUUAACAACAUGGGCGAAAUAAUGCGCAAAGUGAUGACACGUGCCCUCAUAAAUCCUGAUGUCUACAAAUCUUUUACGGAAUCUCCCUGCUUGGAUACACGGCAUGGAAGAUUUUUAAAGUCGAAUCGCGAGAAGUAUGAAGAAGCUGUAAACCGAUUUCCCCGUCCUGAACCGCCCGACGAUUAUAAGCACCUGCCUGCUUUAGGAGAAAAGCUCGUCCAUACAACUCUUUUGGAAGAAUUCAUUUUUUGGACAUUCAAAUUUGAAUUCCCUCAAAACUUGGUUUGCUUUUUGCUUAACAUGCUGCCCGAUCAAGAUUAUAAGGAGCAUCUUACUCGUACUUUCGUGAUGCACUAUAGCCGCAUACCGUCCGUAUUGGAAAUGUCACGCGAUCCAGAUACACUUAGUAACCGAGUUGUGCACAUGAGCGUUCAACUGUUUUCCAAUGAAAGCUUAGCUUUGAAGAUGGUUAAAGAACUGUCCUUACUGCAUGUAAUGAUAAUCAGUCUUAAGCUAAUGAUGUCAAAGAUACUCAUACAAAAUACAUUACAUGACCCGAACAAGAAUUUCCAUUUCGUAAUUGAUUGUACACGCCAAGUGAUGAAGGAUCAUUGCUACUGGCCUUUAGUGUCUGACUUUAACAAUGUACUCUCACAUGAAUCAGUGGCCCUAGUAUUUUUGCGUGAUGACAAUUUGAUCGAUAUGUGGUUUCAGUUUCUUUCAAUGCUGCAAGGCAUGAAUGUAAAUGUGCGAGAGACAACGUCCCAUGUGGAGUUCGAACCUAAUUCUUAUUACGCCGCCUUCUCGUGUGAAUUGGAGGCAAGCGCUUAUCCCAUGUGGUCCAUAAUAUCGCAUCUGCAGGACGGCACUCAUGCGCAUUUAGCCAAGAAGAUAAUUACGUAUUGCGUUAAUACUCUGCAUGAAUGGUUGGAUGCCAUUUACUUUUUGGAACCAAAACUAUCGCCGGACGAAAUGAUGCAAGCUUCCUUUCAUUUUCCACUUCAUCGUUACUUGGCAGCAUUUCUGUGUCAAGCUGUUACCAAAAUGGGAAUGUCUCUGUCGGAAGUGUUGCCCACAAGGUCGUACAUAUUGCCACUCUUAAUGAUACAUCCUCUGAGAGUGCAGAGCUUCUUUUAUGAGAUAUUGGCGGGGAAAUGGGUUCGCAAUGGCUUACAAAUCAAAGGUCAAGCUAUGACUUAUAUACAGGCGAACUUCUGCAAUUCUAUGGCCGACAUGGACCUCUUUUUUCUGCAAAUCUGUGCUACGAACUUGCCACAGUACUUCUUUUUGCAGAACACAAUCGAACUGUUUGGUGUGGGUCAGUGGCUAGAGUUGGCACCACUGAAGCAGCCCCAAAAGAUGGAGCAGUGCUCGAUGCUAGAGGGAUUCCUAACAUUUCUGGCAACGCUUGUUACCAGUCGUACCAAUCUUGGCAACGACGAGGCUACACAAUGUAUAAUUGAGAUCAGCGCUUUACUGGCUACUGAAAAUAAAACACACUCACAACUCUUAGAAUUAAUGCCUGAGAGAUCGGGUAAUGUACAUACGAAAAACUUCGAAAAUUUCCUUAAGAAGUUGUCUGUAUAUAAAGCGCCUUCCUCCGGCUCGGAAAACUUGGAACAAGGUCUUUUCACGCCAAUAGAUGAUGUGUGGGAGGAAUAUUAUGACCCUUUGCAUGUGCUACUACGUGCCGUACAUCGGAGGGAUUUUCAAUCUUCCCUCGAUCGGUUUACAAAUUACGUCAAGAGUAAGAAUAAGAUGCCCACGAGCGGUAACUUAUGGCCACCGUUUCGCAUGCCACGUCCUGUAGGCGCUGCUUUCAGCGAUCCAUGUCGCAUUUUGAACUCUCGGGUUUUUCAUUCUACCAUACUUUCAAUUUUGUUUCGGGCGGUGCACUCACGCGAUGUAUCUGAGCAUCUGUUAGCUCUGGCAAUUUUUCUCUUGGAGGUCGCUGUCGAAAAGAGUGAGGACACAAAUGGCGCCAGCAAUGAUAAGGCUGCUGUAGUGGAAUGUGAACCGAAAGGUAAACCCGGAUAUCCAUUUGCAAUGAGGCGGGAUCCGCCCAAACUUUUCCAUUGUUAUCCGACGGAUAAUCUAAGCUGCAAUUUGCGAUAUGUCGUUACGAAACUUUCCUUAAAGUCACACGAGCCGCAGGUUUCGCCAGCGAACUAUCGUUCGAGUCAAUUUUACGGUGAUUUGGAUUAUGAUGUGGAAACAGAGACGACGGCUGCAUUGCCUAUGAUCGGUGGCAGUGAUGACGACUUAGACGACGAUUCGAUGAGUGUGAGUGUGAGUGUGGCGGGCGCAACUUCGACAGCAAUGGUGCGCAUGCAGAAUAUGGAAGUGGCUUUGCCACCGGAUCUAUCUGUGGUGCCCGAACAAGGAUUGGUCAUUAGACAAGAUAGUCAAGAAGACGAUACUCUGCGAGACGACGAUGAUGCUAUUGAGGGUGCCGCACCGUCAGUUGGAUUUCGUUUCUCGCUGCAACCUAUCACAUUGCCCGAGAGUGGAAUGGAAGUGGCUAUCCGCAGAGAAUUACAGUUACUGGCUGGUGGUAGUGUAGCGACUGGUGGGAGUGUGGGCGCUAGUGGUACAUCGGGCGGAGGCUUAAGGAGGGCUACGGAAGCUCAACAACAUCCGCAACAGCAAAAUGAAAUGUUUUCACCAACCAGCAAUAAUAGCAACAGCAUGCUGUUGCCAUUUCAGCGGGUGCAACCUGUGGCUGUGCCGGUCGGUAGUAGAAGCAUAGUGCCCACAACAACAAUGCGAGGAGUUUUAGGACGACGCACCUUCGAUUCGAGUACUCGAAAACGGACUACACAGUUAGUAGACAAUGCAAUUGGGGGACAAAACAAGGACGAAGUUCUCAUAGAGGAAAGUAUACUUUCGUUGCUUUUAAAGCUACAUUCUCAACUAAGUGGUACAUUGGAUAGCUUCUCAUUGAGUGAUGUUGAAGAUGAGGAGGAAGAAGAAGAAGAAGAUUCUACAGAAGGGACACACAUUGAAGAGAGCGACGCGGAAAAUAAGCACAAUAAAAGUGCGACAUGUGAAUUGGGAAAGUCCGCAGCAGCAUCAUCAACAAGUACAUCAGGCAAUGCAAGCGUAUUGAAGGUAGACGAAUGGAGUCAGAAAGCGGGUAACGCUUCGAAUUCUCCUACUGCCAUGGAUAUAGACUGUUCGGAGGCAAGCACUUCGGCCGCAGCUUCCAACUUGAGUUUUGAUUCUAGUCAACGCGAACAACCGUACAGCAGCACAAUAAGAAAGCGAAAUCGUAAUUAUAAAAAAAUACGAGUAUCCGAUUCUCGAAUUGGGGAUGGUCCAUAUUUUAUUGGUAAUCUUAUACGUAAAAUAGCUAAGCGUGAUGAGUUGUGUGCACAAAGCAUUGAUGAGAUACGUUCGCGCCUUUGGCCGAACCAACGAGAAAAGCAAGCGGAGCAAAGGGCCCGCGAAGCCAGGGAAAAGGAGGAACGUCGGAAGCGCGCCCGCGAACGGCAAAUGAAAAUGAUGGAAGAGUUCGCAAAUAAGCAGAAGGAGUUCAUGCAAACGGCGGCGCAUAAUAUGGAGUGUGGCCUGGACGACGAAGACGAUGAUUUGUACGAAGAGCAGCCGCGCGAAAAAGAGUAUGACUGCAUUAUUUGCAAUUGCACAACACCCAGCACGGAAUCCAAUCCUAUUGGGCUUGUGGUAUUGGUUGAAUCCAGUGGCAUUGUUGGACAUCGGCGUCGCACCGCUGAACGUUUGCCAUUGCCGCUUUGUCACGAAGACGAGGAGCGCCUAAAGCUGACCACAAGGUUAGCCACUGAGUUCAAUCGACGAACUGAUUUGCUAAGUUUAAAAUUUGGCGAAGAGUCUUGGUAUCUCUCCAACAACAUGGCCUACGAGAAUGGUGUACAUGUUCAAUCGUGUGGCCACCAUGUUCAUCUCACUUGCCUGGAUGCAUACUUGAAAACACUCUACGCCACUCAGCGCCAGCAUCAGCAUGAACGAGGCGAGUUUUAUUGUCCGGUAUGCAGACAGCUCUCUAACUCGGUGUUGCCAUUGAGUCCUCAACUAGACAGGCCCACUCCCAUGGUGCGCUCGGGCACUCAACCUUUCGAGCAACUAGUAGCCGAGUUGACAAACUUAAUCAAAGAAAAUGCGCGCCCAACGACGUCAACGAAACUCUCGGAAGCCAUGGGCCGCGCCAUGGAAGACAUGACAAAUAUAACUCAUCGUAAAAUGAAGCGUGUGCCACCCACGUUUCGAAGUUUAUUUAUCUUUGUUACAUCGAUUGCUCGCACGAACUUAGAGUCUGAAAUUAUACAGCGGGGCGGUUCUCUGUGCACAACUAAUGCAACGCGUUAUAAACCAAAACGUGACUGCAUUGUUCCUCUGUUGCAUGUGUUAUCGGUGCACGUGCGGGUGCUGGUGGAAUGGCCAUUAUGGCGAUCGUGGGCCUCACUUGCUGGAUUACCUGUAACCGAUGCGGCUCCAGUGCCUUCACAUUGUCGCGAACUGAUACCCAGCCUUUUAGCAGAUCCCAUAGCAUUACUUUUGAAAUUUAUUUUAUUAGCUCCUCUACAUCUGGAUCAAGAUUUCUUCACAUGUAUGGUUAAGGUUAUGUACAAUUUGCUCUACUAUCAAAUAGUUGUACAACUUUGUGUUACGCUCACUGAUUUAGAAUGUGAUUAUAUCAUAUCGAAAUAUAACAAGUCUCCUUCCACGGAUGAUGCUGAUACGGUGGCGUCCAACUCAUCACGUUCAAGCGGUGGCAGCUUAUCGAAUAUGCUCUAUUUGGGACGCGCUAUGGCGUUAGUACUGAAUCACACAAACCGUAUGUCACAUUUACGUCGCGAAUGCAUACCCAGUACUUCAACAGCUGCUGCGGCUGCAGCUGCAGCUGCGGCGUUGGCGGCUUCUGCACAAUUAAAUGCAUUAGCUGGAGCUUCCAAUACCGAGGUCGAAGUAAAUAUGAAAUCCAUGGAAGCUCAGUUGCAAACUCUUUGCCUACCAUUUCUGCGCAUUGCAGCAUUGCUGAGGCAGCAUCUUUACAGGCACGACAUGCCAGAGAUAUCAGCUCCAGGCUUAGAGUUUGUGCGACUGGUUUAUUACUUGGAACUCGUAACUGAUUCAAUGGACUGGGACUGUUUUAAUGCUUCGAAGGGCCUCUGCUUCAUUGCUGGAACAGAACAAACUUUGCCCAAGUUUUGGUGUGAGCAAUUAAUGUAUAUAGGGCCACCAACCGAUACAGUGCGAGAGCUCGUCAUCAUGAACCAGCAUGCAUCGUGGCAGCAGCCGAAACUCCUCGAGUUACCACGCGAAUAUGAGCGCUUGUUCACGUACUACCACGAACGUCCAUGUCUGAAUUGUUACAAAGUGCCAAAGGAAAGCUCCAUUUGUUUAUUAUGUGGUACAAUUGUGUGUCUGAAACAAACAUGUUGUGCGGAAAAUGAUUGUUGCGAAGCUGUUCGGCAUACAAUAACCUGUGGAGGAGGAAUUGGAAUAUUUCUUGUAGUCACAUCUACCUACAUAAUAGUGAUCCGUGGACGACGUGCCUGUCUCUGGGGCUCACUGUAUUUAGACGAUUUUGAUGAAGAGGAUCGAGACCUUAAGCGUGGCAAGCCACUGUAUCUCAGCCAAGACCGUUUUAAUCUACUGGAAUCACAAUGGCUUUCGCACAGAUUUGCGCAUACGAAACACACUUGGGUAUUCCAUCGGGAUUUGUUGUGAAACUGGGAAGUACUAAGAAGGAUUCAAGAGUUAGUAGGACAAAUCUAUUUAAAUCGUUGAUCAGCAAAAAAUGUAACGAAAUACGUAUAUUAUGAACGAUAUGUUCAAGUCUAAUUUAUAAUAUGAAAAAACUGAAAAAUCUCGAAGAUUUUGCGAAGCAAAGAAGUAAAUAAUCUGUCGCGUUUUUAAAAUGCGUUGCAAACAGUUAAAUACGGCAAAUAAACGCUUUGCUUUUACAUUAUUGAUAAGCUAUAGAAGUUUCAGUUGAAUAAAUUGCAGGUUAAUUAUGUUUAAAUAACGUAGAUAAAGAAAAAAUUUAAAUCGGCUUAAGUGAAGAAGCUAGGGUGUCAAAAACAAGAACUAAUGCAUGUGAAACGUUUAAGCAAAAAUCAAAAGGUAGCUUAGAAACUUAAGUGUUAUCCAAUUACAAGCUUUGUAAGAAUAUUCAGAUAAUGCUGAAGUAUUCUUUGUAUUAAUAUUACAAUAACUGGAGUAAUAGGGUUCGAAAAACUAUACAUAUAGUAGGAUAGAAGACAUCCUCGAUAAAACUGCAUAAAAAUAAAAUUUAAAAAACAUAUUACACACACAAUACAUAUGCACAGUUUAAAGAAAAGGUAUCUUCGUCAAAUUAUGAACCACUUGUAAUGACGAAUGUGACGAUUGCAAGCCGGUCUUGGCGUGCUUGUGUAAUUUAUGUAUACAAAGUUAUGAACAACUCAUUUGAUUAAGCCUAAACAAAAGCUAAUUAAAAAUACAUACAAAUGUAAUAGUUUAAAACAUAACAUAUUUAAUUUCAUUUAUGUGAUAUAAAAUAAUAUUAAUUAUGCGACAAUUAAAAGAAAGAUGCGAUGGAACUAAAUGUAUUUGAAUAUUCGGAAUGAGACUCAUUAUUUUCAUAUUGCACUCGAAAUUAGCAAUCAUAUUAAUCUAAUUAAAUUAAUGGGUGACAUUUGAAUAUCGAUAAUGCUCUUAUAAAUAUUUAAUAUUAUCCUUAGGUAGAUGAAGAUAAAAAUUUCUUGCAAAAACAUACGUAUAUUUAAGAAAAAUAAAUCAUUAUUUCAA